AGUCAGGGCAGUCAGGACAAAACAAAAGAGGCUGGUGGGCUGUGGGUAGCGGUCGCGUGCGUUGCCGCUCUGCAGAUCAUUAACGACCGGCAGCGGGUACCAAAAUUUCCAUCUGCGCUCCUGCACUCGUCGUCGUACAAGCGCCAGUCUUCGUUUCUUCUGCUACAGGGCGACGAUCAUCCGUUCCCCGUAGCACCUAAGGGAAAUAGCGCUCUGGCCAGCCUUAUCCGAUCGCGCGGCUCCUUUACCUCAUUGACCCAUCCUGCCGGUCCACAUGACGAGGAGGCCGGUGCCUACGCCGACGAUGUGGAUGCCGACGAACACAAUCGGGCCCGCGAUCAUGAGCGCCGUCUCAGCGCCAUCCUCAACGGCCCGCACAUGCGCUCUAUGCGCCUGAUAGGCAAGAAUAACCCUCGUUACCAGUGGGAGAAGUACUGGAAGACCGAGGAGGAGCUGAAACAAAUGAAAAAGCCCAUCCGGGAGUACUAUGAGCGUACCAACUACCUGAUCCAGCAAUACCUUUAUAUUGACAGGCUGCUGGAUUCCAGCCUGCCCCACGACCUGCUGAACGAGUAUAAUUAUAUGCCCGCUUCGGCCUUCAGGGGUGUGGAAAUACCCGAGACCAUCUCGGAGGAGCACAACAGCAACGGGACCACGAGUACCGACUCACUAAGGGGCUCCUCGCCUGGCGGCACGGCUGGCAGCGGCGCCGGUACGCCCGUGGCCAACCGCAAGGUUAAGCGGACCCCGCAGGACAUUUACCGGCACACUGAGACAACGCCGCUGCUGAUGUUGCCCGAGGACGACGAUGGGACCGACGAGGUGCACGACCCGGACGAGGAGACGCCCCUCAUCAAAAAGCACGACAUUCCAUGGAUCGAGGACGACAAUGUCGACAGCACUGCGCCCAUUGUGACCCUGGCCAUCUACAUCAACUUUGCCGCCAACGCCAUCCUCCUGGCAGGAAAGAUUGCCGUCAUCAUCACGGUCCCGUCCGUGUCGGUGCUGGCCAGUUUGGUCGACGCCGCCCUCGACUUCCUGAGCACGGCCAUCGUCUGGAUCACCACCUGGACCAUCACCCAGCAGGACCAGUACCGGUAUCCCGUCGGCCGCAGGAGGCUGGAGCCCAUCGGCGUGCUGGUCUUCUCCAUCAUCAUGUGUACUGCCUUUUGCCAGGUUGCACUCGAGGCCAUUACGCGUCUGAUGAGCGGGGACCAUGAAGUAAUCGAGCUCGGAAUCCCGGCCAUCGCGAUCAUGUUCUCCACCAUUGUCAUCAAGGGCAUGUGCUGGCUGUGGUGCCGGCUUGUCAAGAACUCGAGCGUGCAGGCCUUAGCUGCCGAUGCGCUCACAGACGUAAUAUUCAAUGCGGGCUCCAUUGCAUUCCCAAUUGCCGGCUCGUUCUUGAAGAUCUGGUGGCUUGACGCCCUCGGCGGUCUGCUCCUGUCCCUGGUCGUCAUCAUCAACUGGUCCAGCAACGCCGGCGAACAUAUCAAGAACCUGGCUGGCUUCUCAGCCACGGCCGACCAGCGCAACAUCCUGCUUUACCUGACCAUGCGUUUCGCCAAGACCAUCAAGCAGAUCCAAGGGCUGCAGGCCUAUCACUCGGGCGAUAAGCUCACUGUAGAGGUGGACAUUGUGCUGGACGCCAGCACGAGCCUCAAGGACAGCCAUGAUUUAGCUGAGAGCCUGCAAUAUGUCAUCGAAUCCGUCCCCAUCGUCGACAGGGCAUUUGUGCAUACUGAUUAUGCCACGUAUAACCUGCCCACCCACAUGCAGCAACAGAGCUAA